AUUAAACUUGAAAGCACGUGCACGUAAUAUUAUUGUGUGUAAAUUAACAAAGAGAACAUAAAAAAAGAACCUUAAAAGAAAUCCUGCAGAAAUUGCGUGAAAAGCAAAGGAGACAGACACAAAAAAAAAUACAAAUCACAUGCAAUAAAUGUUCUGGAAAAGUGAAAAUGGCAACUUUAAACUGUGAUACGGCAUCUUAUAAAAUUUGUAGACGAGGCAACAAACUUUUUCUCGUAUUGUUAUAUAAUUUGUGCAUUUUACUCGUUUUGCCACACAUUGUUAAGCAGACUGUCAGUCAAACAAUCGAUGUUAAUAAAAAAGUUACGGAUGUCUACGUGAGCGAUUAUCUCAAGCGUGUACGUGAAGUUGGAAACUUUGAUCAUUACUCAUUACCGUCGCCUUUUAUUGCUGGCUUUCCCUCGUAUGGCGAUUACGACGUAAUGCCGCCUUAUCUACCUGCGUAUCCACCAGAUUACGACUUUCGUCCGGUUUUCCGUGAAAGCGAAGUUUUGAUGACGACCGAAUAUCCCCAAAGUGCUCGUGUCCCGCAGGAGGAGACACAACUCCAGGAACAACAUCCAAUUACUUUUCGAUAUGCGGCGCUGCGACAACUCAAUUAUAGCGUUAAUGCGGAAGACAGUCUCCAGUUGAUUGACGUGGAUUACGAAAAUGAUGUCUAUUUUCUGCAUAAUCAGGCGAUUGUACGCGUGGAUUUGGGCGAGAAUGGCGCACAGUUUGAGCGAAUUGCCGUUGUCGAGGAUACGCACGAGGAAAUUGGGGAAGCGCAUCUCAUAACAUGGCACGAACUUUUAAUUGUGCUCGUACGCGAGGGAGAUCACUACAAUGUGUAUGUUAAGCUGCCUCAAACACCGGCGUUACGCAACAUCCAACGCUUGGUCUUUCCGAACAACAAACUGAGGAAAUGCAAAUUACUGAUCAAAAGUGACCAAGUUUUCCUUAUCGUGACACUAGCGAUGAACAAAGCCGUUGGAAAAAUUAUUUUGUACAAAUGGCAAAACUCCCAUUUCAUCAAGCAGAAUGAACAAGAAACCUUUGUUUGUGACGAAAUGCUCUUUUUGAAAUCUGCGGAAGACCCGCUGAUAGUCGCCGUAUCGCAUGGCAGUCGGUUAAAUACGAAAACAAAGGCAAACGUCUAUCAUGUGGCAUCUAAUGGGAAGCUUGACUUGCUGCAAUACAUGUUCUUCGGCAUGGAAGCGGUGCACGCAUUCACAGUGAAAGAUAUUCACUACAUUUUGGCUUGUUAUUCUAAAAACGUUUGUUUCAUCCACAAAUACGAACAAGGAAAAUUCUCCAAGGCCCAUCAAAUCGAUCGCAAAUUCACGCAUACACUGGCAAUCCAUUCCGAUAACUCGCUGCUUGGCAUUCAAUUGCCCGACACACUCGUAUUCUCCCUCAAUGCGGACCUCACGCAGUCGCUGAGCACGACGCACAUUCCGACGUCAUUUCUGUACAAAAUCUCGUUUAUCACGACAUCGCAGGCGAAAUUUCUCAUCUUAUUCUAUCGCUAUCCGUCUCAUUUGAAUAUUCAAAUGAUCGAAAUGGAAAUCAAUCAGGAGCAGAUUGUCGGCGAAACGGCAAAAUUCACCGCCGAACAAGACGUCAUAAAGGAAAAAAUGAACGAAUUACGAUUCUUGCUCGAAAGCAAAGGCGAGAUUAUGCGGGAGAUUGAUGACGUUGCCAAAGCGGUGCUGCGACGCGAUAUGCCAGCGACUAUUCAAGCACCGGUAACGGUCGAUGGACCUUUGCGUAUCGCAAGUGGCGAGAUAAAUGCGAAUGUUCACGUCGAGGAAUCGAUAAAAUCGACUGCGGAUGAGAUUUUGCAUGAAAUUGUGGGAAUUAAUGUUCGUUUCGGGGCACUGAUGAGUCAUUUGAACCCCACCGAGAGACGUUACAAGCGCGCUUUUAAGCCGGAUUACAAAACAACCAAGUUCAUUGUGAAGAAUUUGCAUUACGACGGCCCGGAAUUCAAAGAUUUGCUCCUGAAAAGUACUUCAAAAGUGACUUCUGUGGUCAAUUCGGGCACUUUUGAGACCCUAAAUGGCCUGAAUUUGACGAAAAAUGUCAUUAAUAACAUCAAUUUGAACGACGUCGUGCAUCAAGGCUCUUCGGAAAUUAUUACGGGAGCCAAAACGUUCAACCACGUGACCACAAAAACGUUAAAAGUGAAGAAAAUUAACGAAGUUCAGGUCACAGAUCUGCCAAAACAUCGUUCUUUCCGCGCCGUUCAAGGAGAAGAUGGCUUCAAAUCCCUCCCACACGACGUCACAGUCGAUAAAAUUCGCUUCAAUCGCGUCAAUAGCCUGCCUUGGACCAAUUUAGAACGUGCUAGUGACCUAAAAAAAUCAUAUCACAUCAACGGCGAUCUCUAUUUGAAGCGAAAUUCAAUCGUGCGACAACUAAACGUUAACGCGGUGAACAAUUUUCCGGUCGGGGACCUCCUAACGAAGAACGGAGAUCAACAAAUCAGCUCCGUAAUUUGGAUAAAUCAGUUUUUCGCGCCCUCAAUUACCACCAAAACCGUUAAUGGCAUCAAUUUUAAGGAAAAUGUGGCGUUGCAAGGACAGGAAAAUCACAUAAGAUCUCAUGUGGCGAUCGCUAAGAUGAAUGUUACAAGCGGGAUUCAGUUGACGGAGGAAGAUGUAGCGAAUGGGCGGCAUGUUGUGGGUACCAGAAAGGAGGAUUUGCUUCAAUUUUAUACCGGUGAAGUGAUUUUGCAAGGAUCGUUGACGCUGAGGAGAGUUAGAACGGAUUCAGAACACACGAAAGUUCUUGUGGGAAAUAGACCUUUUACGAUGGCUGUCGAUGAAAGUUAUUGGGUUGAUGAUAAAAGUCAAGAAAUUCCUUCAUUCAAAUUCCACAGUGUCGUUUCCGUGCCUCAACUCUUCACUUCGACAGUAAACCAGCAUCCCGCUUCCGAUUAUUUGAUGGUUCAUCCCACAUCUGAGUCUCCAAAACGAUCCCGUCUCGUGUUCAAACACACGCACGUGCCUGGCAACAUCGUUCCCGAGUCCGAUAAAAGCUCCAAACUCGUUCAAAUCAGUCGUAACUGCGUUCGUCGCGGAGAUUCUCUCGACUUGCAAGGCACUUUACGAUUCGACGGCGAACUUACUGUCGAUUCAUUGCAUACCGUCACCGUAAAUGGACAAGAAAUGGCCAAUUUGGUACCAAAAUCCGCCCUUGACUUGCAUUUCAAAGGCCCAAAAAGACUCCAAAUGGCUCGAAUUCUCGGAGAUUUGGUCGCCGACAAUCACUUCAAGGUCCACAACUACAACGGAACUGACGUGGAAGCACUUUUGUCGCGAGCUGUGUACGUCAAUGAGCCCUUCGACUUGGACUAUGUCGAAUUUGGGGAUGUUCGGGUGCGAGAAUUGGACGUAAAGGAGAUGCAAGGGAUCCGUUUCGAUCAAUUUUUGUCAAAUGUCUAUUCAGUGCUCAACAGUUCGACGAGCGUGCGGAAUAUUCGGGUUAGUGAGAACGCAUUUUUCGAGCACGAGUUGCAAGUUGACUUCAUUAAUGGCGUCGAAGUGAAUUAUUUGUUCAAUAAUCUCGUGAAAAAAGACGGAAAUUGCGUAUUAAAUGGACAAAAAACGUUCAAAAAUGGAUUACGAGUCAAAAAUGGCAUCUGGACGAACAAAAUUAACGAAUACGAUUUGCAAGUGUGGCAAAAUUCAGCUUUAACGGUCAAUGGCGAGCAACUUGUCACCGGAAAUUGGCGUCUUGACUAUCUGAGGACGAAAUAUUUGGCUGUAAAUUAUUUGAAUGACGUUUCUGCGAUGGAUUUACUGAACUCGGAGCUUCCAGUGUUGGAUAUUUACUCAGAUUUGACAGUCGAAUCGUUCCAGGCACUCACGGAUUGCAAAGGAAAUCUUCCACAUGACGUCGGAUUCUUACUCCAUUCCAUCGAAAACCCGUCUGUGAAGCUCUACAACAGUCUGACAUGCGAAAAAACCCUUCUCUACCCGAUGAACUUCAAGUCAAAGUUCACUGACAUCCUCACGGAAGCCGUUACUGUCACCAAUGACCUUCAAAUUCACGGAAAAGUUGAAUUUGUUAACAGACCUUACCUGAAAAAAGCAAAAUCUGAACUCAUUAACGGGAUUAACAUAUUAAACGUGCAUGCAGAUGCCCUGAAAUACAAUUCGCCGGAACCAAAACAGCUCGUUUUUGGUCCAAAAAAGUUUAUUGACGGAGUUUACGUGAAUUUUGCCGUCGUGCAGUACAAAUUGGACUCGAAUUAUGUCAAUGAAGUGGAUGUCGUUGCUCUAAAUAAUACGAUUUACAGGAAAAAUCAAGUAAAUUAUGUGACAGAGAAGAAAAUAUUCCUCGAGAAGCCAAUUAUUGGCGACUUAAAUGUACUUGGACUCGUAAAUGGCGUGCAUUUAGCAAAUGUGGCAUUCGAAAAGGAUGGAAGACCAUUAGAAAAUGUUUAUUUGAAUCAAUUACAGGUCGUCAACGACUUAAUCGUUGAAAACGUGAACAAUCUCUCCCUGGACCAUCUUCUAAAAAAUCGCGUUCGCAUUUACGGCCCUCCUCAAGAAAUUUACGGAUCUCUCACCUUCCAAUCUCUCGGCAUCUACGGCAACAAUCACAUUCCCUUCAUCAACGGAAUCCCCCAAGAAUCGCUCGUUUACCGCAAUUGGCCAACAACGCAAGUCAUAACUGGCAAGAAAGUCAUCCACGAAGCUUUAAAUCUCAACGGACCUGUCACCGUUUUGAACUUGAAUGGUCUCGAAUUCUCUGAAAUCAUCCAAAAUAACGUCAAAUUAGACUCGGUCGAGUACCUGGAAGCACUGAAUGUCGCAAAUUUAGUCGCUCAUGGUGGCGUUGUUGUGACAGAAACGAUCGAUGGACGCCCGGUUGACGCAAUUUUGCAUGUCGCACCCAAGAGUGUGGAUAAAAUGUUGCCCACAGUGCCUCAUUUGAGAGAAAUUGUUCAAGCAACGAGCGAAACGGUGCAAAGUAAAGUGCCUACAAAGCGAUUUUUGUACUUGGAUUAUGCCACAGACCUCGACAUAGUGUUCAAAAAUGACGAAGUCGAUGUGCCAAGUCAUACCGAACUGCUGGCAGACUCAAAUUUGGACUGUCCCGAACAACUAGAGGUCAAAAUCACGAACGGCGGAAAGAUUUUCCUGCGAAAACAUUCGGCGGAACAUCAAAAAAUGUGUCUCGAGUCUCCAAUAAAGCUCAAAAUGCAAGUUCCUGUCGCAAAUUGUCGCUUCCAAAAGGAUUUACAGUUAACGUGGAAUGAGAAGACGUUCGUUUAUCCCAUCCAAGGUGACCUAAAAUCGAGUUUAAAUUGUUUUUCGGUGCAAGAUAAGCAUUUUGUGGGAUUUUUGACUGCCAGCAGCGAUCACGUGCACACCUUCGAGGUGAUUUAUCUCACAAAAUCGCAUGAAUGGGGUCUCAAACAAGUCUUGGACAUCCAGGAAGCGAGCAAUGCGAAAAUAAUUUCCACCCAAAACUACGUUUUGCUGGUCGUCACAUCGAAAAAAGGCAUCGAAUUCCAUUAUUUGAACCAAUUGGAGCAAAAAUUCGAGCAAAUGGAGACCAUCACGGGCAGUUUUAAUUUAAUUUCUGAUCUUGUUGUCGUUGGAAACGAAAAAAUGAUUGGCCUGGCGCUGAAAAAUUCAAAAGCUGUGACAAUUUUCAAGCUGUUGGGAGACUCGGCAGAAGGUCCGGAGAUACAAUUCUUCCAAACGUUGCGAUUUGAGGCGCGAGUUAAGGCCGUUCAAGCCUUCAAAAUGAACGGAGACGAGUCACAUUUGGCAAUUAUCAUGACAAACGGUCAUUUCUACAUUUAUCGGUAUAAUUACAUCGAUGGAUGGAUUCAGAUCAACUACAGCUACUUCGACGGAAUGGAAUCGCUCGUGGCAUUCAAACAUCAAAAUAACGAAUAUUUGCUCGUUAUUUCACCGAAUUCGGCGUCUGCGAUUCGGAUUUAUAAUCAAAGUUAAUUUUUUUUGUUUUUAAAUUGUAUGCGAGACGUACAAUGCAUUUUCUUGUUAUUUAUUGUAAGAUAUUUGUAAGAAGAAUGAAGAUUACAA